GACCAUAUCCUCGUCCCUCUCAAUCUCCUUCUCUUCGCUGCAGAGACGGCCGUCACGACAUUGACUUGCGUUGUCGACGUCGGCGCUUGGGAAGGGUACACUGUCCUGCAACGCAACGAUUUAUAUGCGUUGUAUGUCCCGUAUUUGGUUGUU